GGAUCUCUUCCUUUCUCCUUCAUUUCUCACAGUCUUUGCCAUUUGUUUGGCAAGUGUUUUUGCUGUAGCAUCAUCUCUGUGUGUUUUUGCUUUGUUUGAGUAGAGUUCUAUCUUUUCGUCAAGAUGUUUUUCAUCUCCAAAUUGUCUCUGUCCAACAUCCAUGUAAGGCUGACGGCAAAGGGAUUGCUGAGAAACCUCCAGCUGCUCUCAGGAUGCAAGCUUGCUGUGGGGUUUCUGGCAGUUGACAAGAACAAGUCGAGGACGAGCUCCAAAAAUCCACAGCCGCCUACGAAUGGGCAACCAGAUCUGGUGCCACCAGAGAGCAAAUCCAGAAAUGUGGAGUAUUACAAGGCUCAGUGUGAGAAGAAGAACCAGACCAUCCGACAACUGGAGAACACACUUCUAUCCAACAACCGGCGGUUCGAGGCUGUCGCUGUGGUCAUAAAGCAUCUCUAUGCUGAGCAUGACGAGGUGAUGAAGCAGCGACGGGAUCUGUCUCAGGAGCUGGUCACCUUGCGUGAGGAGCUGGUAAGCUCGGGUCACUCCUGUGAGCGUCUGGAGCAAGAGAAGGAGGAUCUGCGCUCUGCUUUUGAUGGAGUCCUGCAGAAGGUCCAGGAGCAGCACCGCUUGGACCUUGCUGACCUCGAGGAGAGACUGAAGACCUUUUACUCUACAGAAUGGGAGAAAGUCCAUCAGGCCUACCAGGAGGAGGCAGACAAGUGCAAAGCUCAGAUGGAGCAGCAGCUAGAAGAGAUUCGGUCAAAACAUGAGGCUUUGAAGAAAGAACUGGAAUUCAGCCAUAUAGAGGAGGUGGACGGCCUUAAGCAGCAGUUUGAAGAGUCUUUUAAAGGAUUCAAACAGUCCCAUGAAAAGGAAAUGCAAAACCUCAAUGAAACACUAAAGGAAUCAGAAGAAACGUUAUCUAAUCAAAUUCAGGAUCUAAUGACAGAAAAUGACAGCCUCAAAGAAAAAUUGAAUGCUGAGGUGAAGCGAAGGAUGGAGCUUGCUGAGAAAACACAGGACUCCCACACCCUUUAUUUGGAGCAGGAGCUCGAAAGCCUUAAAGUAGUGCUGGAUAUCAAAAACAAGCAGAUCCACGAACAAGACAAGAAACUCAUGCAGAUCGAUAAACUGAUGGAGAGGAAUGUGAAGCUUGAUGAAUGUCUUAAGAAGCUGCAACAGGAAAACGAAGACCUCAAAGCCAGAAUGGACAGACAUGCUGCUUUGUCUAGACAACUGUCCACAGAGCAGGCAGUUUUGCAGGAAUCUCUCCAGAAGGAGUCCAAAGUGAACAAACGUCUGUCUAUGGAGAAUGAAGAACUUCUCUGGAAGCUCCACAACGGUGAUCUGACUAGCCCUCGCAAGAUCUCCCCUUCCCCAUCCCUAAAUCUCCAAUCACCAAGAACCUCUGGGAUGUUCUCCAGCCCUCCGGUCUCGCCAAGAUAACAAUGGCCUUCAGCUUCCUGGAAGCACUUUAAUACAGGACCGAGCACUUCCCGCAUACUGAAGGUCUGGACCAUAUCAGUGGCUCUCAAAAUGGAAUGAACCCUUGUACAGAUUGAAAAUUGAAGACAGUAUUGCACAGAAGCACUUACCAAUGAGGCCACCCUCGUACUUAUGCCUUUCACGUCUAUGGAGGAAAAAGGAAUAUCUCAGGGCUUAUUGAACGUUUCUCUCAAAUUUGUGCUUUUUUGUUUCUGGAUUGUUCCCCCCUGAAGUUCCAGACUUUAACCAGCUCUCUGUAGAGUACUGGCAUCUCAUCCCAUGAUUGAGGCCUUUGUCAACCAAUGAAGCUUUUCUACCAGACGCCUUGAAGUGUACCCGGAUUUAUCUUUUGCUCUGGGACAAAUGCCCAAACGCCAGUUGGCCAGUGGACAUUUGCCAGAUGCUGCUGCUGUUGCUGCUUGUCUAGCGUUUGGUAUCCCUUUAUUUCUCAUAGGACCUCAGACGAACUUUUCUGAAGAAGCACUUCAUAGAUCAACUCAUGCCAUAAACUGACUGUUACCUUUAACUCAAACGGAAAGAUAUUCACUGAUCUCAACCAGGUGUUCUCAAAACCUUAUGCAACCUUUUUGGUCUUGUUUAUAUCAUGCCUUUAUUUUGUUGUUGUUGUUGUUAUUGUUUUUGCAAAUGGAAUUUUUUUUAUCGUCACACAUUUUAUGAACAUGGUGAGCUUCAUCCAGGUGCAUGUUUCACCACAGAUGUGCUCAUAUCAUAUCACUCAUAUGCCUAGGAGAAACUCCAAACUAUGAUUGAUGCAGAAUGAAUUACUAAUAGUUGAAUGUUUUGAUUAAUGCCUGCAUAAGGGUUGAAUUAUCUCUCUUCCUCACUUUCUUGGCAAUCAGAGAUGCAGUCUAAUUGUAAUGGUAUGCUGUAAACGGACGAGUGCUUGAUAUUGAAAUGGCAUGCCAUUAGGCAGCGCUGUGAGCUAUUGGGAAUCUGCAAGUUGUUUCACUACUUUCUUGAAUACGGGUUUUGUAUAUUAUUCAGUAUGAUUGAGCCCAAGGGGACAGAUUUGAGUGUUUAUUUGUCUUUAUUUCUAUAUUUAUGUCUGAUCAUGAGACCAAUGUGAUUGACUGAGCAUGUUCCAGUGGCCUCAGGAGUGCUCCUCUCUGUCUGAAACCCUCCACUGCAGCUUUAUGUACAAGCUAGUGACAAAGAGUUUGAAAUGCAAAAGAAGUUGCAGGGUUUUUUCGUUUGUUUUUGGUAUGCAUUUCUAAGUGGUUGCGUUGAUGUUGGCGUGAAACUAUGAAAAAUAUGCAAAUAAUAAAAAAUGUACAUUUUUUUUCCCCA